CGACGACUUCACUCACUUGACUACCUUGUCUACCACCAAGACGAAUGAACCACAGAGUGUCAUCCAGAUGUGUCUAGGUUGCUCUUCGAUAUAAGUUGUCGAUUACUCCCACAUCACCUCCAGCGUCCCAAAAUGGCCGCAGACUUGUCUGCCACCAAACUCAACGCAGACAGCCAUGUCCUGCUGGACCAACCACUCCUCCGCCUCCCCCAUGAACUCGUCAAACGCAAUUUCAGAAAUACCCAACGUUAUGUGGAGCGAGAGAGAGACUACAUCCUUCCCGCCCUCAAGGAUACCGCAAAUGCUGCACUCAGCUCGUCACAAACCACCGAGCAGACGCUGGCCUCCCUCGAUGCCAUGAUUCAAAGGAUGCAGAACUUCAAACGCAAGUUGGAAAAACUACACAUCGAGGAAGAGGCUCUUCAUGACCAUUCGGCCAAGCGAAUCAAGCACUUACAAGACUUAUACGACAUUCCUUCCCUGGUGGACGUCAAAUACGACCAGUGGUCACGAGCUCGUCUCGACCGCCUCAUUGUCGAUUACCUUCUCCGCUCAGGCUACUCAAAAACAGCCAUCUCACUCGCUGAGACCAAGCAGAUCUCUCACCUGAUUGACCUUGACACAUUCGUUACAUGCCAUAAGAUUGCUUCGUCACUCACCCGCGGCGAAACCAGGGACGCCAUGGCCUGGAUAAACGAGAACAAAAACUCCCUCAAGAAACUCGUCACAGCGCCCCACAAAACCACUGACCUCGAAUUUGAACUCCGGUUCCAACAAUUUAUUGAACUGGUCCGCGCAGGGACAACCGCAAAGAAAAUGGAGGCGAGAGUCCAUGCCCAACAGUACCUGACGCCGCAUAUCGCGUCCCGAAAAGUGUCGAUCAUGCAAGCAGCUGGUCUAUUGGUGCAGUCACCGGACACAACUACCGAGCCAUAUCGCACACUGUUUGCCCCAUCGCGGUGGCACCACUUAUCCAACUUGUUUGUCGAAACCCACCACACCUUGCUGUCCCUACCAAUUCAGCCACUGCUUCACGUCGCACUGUCAGCGGGUCUCUCAGCAUUGAAAACUCCUGCAUGCCACAGUGCCUAUAACCCUGCCAGCUCUUCAACGCCGGGUCACGCUCGUAUCGCGACGAAUUCCUCUUUGUGUCCGAUCUGCAGCAUGGAGCUGAACGAACUGGCGCGCGAUGUCCCCUACGCACACCACACUACUAGCUCUGUUGAACCGGAUCCUGUUGUCUUACCCAACGGGCGCAUCUACGGCCGUGAACGGCUGGAAGAGUUGCAGCGAAAACUCGUCAUGGCUGGCGGUGGCGGACUUGGUGGCGAAGGCGGCAUGCACGAGGUACAGAUUGGCAAGGAAGGGGAAGUGAGAGAUCCCACGACUGGUCAAAGUUUCACUUGGGAUCAGGUUAAGAAGGUUUAUAUUAUGUGAUGGAACAGGUGUCUGGGAGAAAAUGGUCACAAAUAGCACUAUAAGCUGCUAAGGACUGGAUUGCAAAUAGGGGGCAAUGCUCUACCUCAAAAGAUAAUGGGAUGUUAUCUAACAGACGCCGAGGAUCUCAACUUGUGCUACCACUCUACCCGAGGGCAGACUUGCCAUCACCCUACCCAAGGCCUACACUGAUUCCAUGGCAGGAGACAGCACGAUCUUGGUCUCUUCUCUGAGAGGAAAACCACCUCCAACCAUAGCCUCGAAUACCGGAAGGCAACCAGAAGGAAGGAGACCUGAACCAGCUCAAAGAGGACCAGAGGGAGAAAAGAGUUGGAGGGAAGGGACGAGCCCUAGAGGCAUCGACUACAAGAUGUAGUACAAUAUACUCCGAUCUUCGCUGAACCCUCGCCAGGCCUGUUACUUGGGUCAUGGUCAUGGUCCGUGGACAACGCAGCUGGUGGAGCGACAGGAAUGAAAUGACGAGGAGGAAAUGAGAUAAUGACCAAUUCGAAUGAAAGCUGCUGGUGGAUAGUUUCUCGACUUGUCUAGCCAGCCACCUAGGUAUGCUAUUUAAUCAGUCAACUUGUCGAGCGUCCGAUCAAUCAGCCCAUCGUGGCACCUUUGGAAAGACAGAAUGAAUACCUCCUUUAUACUCCGACUCCGGCACACAGCACUCAACGCUCAGCACUCGGCUCUACUCUCCCCCUCCACCUGCACACUGGCUUCGACGGCGUCGGGGAAGGGGAGGAGGAGAACAAAGGAGAUAGGAACAAGGGGAAGUAAAGAGAGGGAAGAACCAGGGGAAUAUAGAUGCCAUCACAUCAUCCACGCCCUCACCCUCCCUCACUCACAUCCACACCCCAUCGCCGCAGCAGCAGUAGCAGUAGCAGCAAGCAAAGCGGUGGAUGGUGGAUGGGUCAUUCGACACACGGGACCUAGGUAAGUAGGGAGAUAGGUGGGUAGGUUCUGUAGCAGGCAAGCAAGAAAUAAAGAAGACUA